AUGCCUGAUAAAUAUAUCCAUAUGAUCCUUAAUAAGAUACUAAUUACAACAGACACUACAAUACUCACACCAGAUAGUAUAAAUAAUAAACCCUUCAGUAAAAUAUAUUAUAAAUAUAUUCCAAAUGAACACAUUUAUAAUAUUAUUAAUAUAUUAGAUAAAAAUACAACAGAGUCAGUUAAUAUACUAAUACUAUUACUAUUACUAACACAAUUAGAUAUAUCACAUAUAUAUAUAAUAAGAAAGAUAAUUAAGGAUAUAUUAUAUAUACACAGUAUAUAUGAACUAUUAUAUAAUAUAUAUAUAUGUAAUAUAUAUAAUAAUAUACUGUAUAUAUUAUAUAAUAUAUAUAAUAAGAUAUUAUAUAAAGAAGAUAAAUAUGAUAUAUUAUAUAAUAUAAUAAUAUCACAGGAAUAUAAGGAUAUAUUAGAAUAUACAAUUAGUAAGGAAUAUACAGAGUAUAAAGAAUAUAUGGAUAAGACUAAUUGUAACAGGGAUACUAAUAAUAUGACUAAUUGUAACAGAGAUAGUGGGAAUGUGACUAAUUAUAUUAGGAAUAGUGGGAAUAUGACUAAUUAUAACAGGGAUAACACUAAUUAUAACAGGGAUACUAAUAAUAACAGAGAUAAGACUAAUUACAGUGAAUAUAGUGAGAAUAAGACUAAUUACAGUGAAUAUAUUAAUAACCUGACUAAUUGUAACAGAUAUGAUACUAACUAUACUAAUUACACUGAAUAUAACACUAAUAUUACUAAUUACAACGAGAAUACUAAUAAUAUGACUAAUUACAGUGAAAUAUACAAUGAAAUAGACAGAUUAUGCUAUACACAAGAAUAUACAUUAGACAUGAAACAAGAAUAUACAAUGGUACCCCCUUACAAUGAUAUAAAUACAGAUAUAAAUACGACUAAAUUCUACAGUAUUAAUGAGAAUACACUAAAUACAACAGAUAGACUAAAUCCAACAGAAUACACUAAUAAUACACUAAAUACAAAGGAUAUACUGCGUAGAAUACGCCUAUUACUGCCUGGUUGCAUGAAAUUACUGCAAAAUACGUAUAAAAAUGGGAUACCACGUGGAAAAAGCAGUGAAUUCUUUGGGAAAGGGUCAGCACCCAGGGUAAGAAGCAUAUUCCAUGAAGAAUUCAAAGGAUACAACGAUAUAAUGGCAGAUGACCAUUUAAACCACAUGGAGAAAAAGAUAAAAAAAAGAGUGCAGGGAAUCGAACUUGCCAUAAAAGCAAUAAAUCAGAUAUAUAAUAUAAAUAUAUUCAAAAAUAAAAAAAAAGAAAUAUUCCCAUUGGAGAUACUGGAGAAAUUAUCAAAUAAAAUUAUAACUGCCAUAAAAAAAGAAAGAAAAUCAAAAAUGAAAACAAAGAACCUGACAGUUAAAGAAAUGCGAGACAGAAUCCACAUAAAAAGAAUCUUCUCAAAAUUAUUCCCAGAGAGUGCAUCCUGCAUAAUAUUAUUAUAUAAGCACAAUAUAACAAGUAAUAUAUGGCAGGAUACUCUCUUCCUAAUAUUCUCAUUAAAAAUAACAGAAAAAACUGUUAACAAAAUAAUUAAUAAAAUAAAUAAUAAAAUAAUAAAAAAAAUAGACACUUUCCAAAAAAGAAUAAAAAUAAAAACAAAAACAAAAACCCUUUCAAAAGUACUCACAAAAAGAAUAAAAUCAGUUACACUUAAAUAUCUCAUAAGAAAAUCACCUGCCCACAUAUUAAGUAAAGUACACAGGGAAUUAUUAAGACUAUUAGACCUUGGGUUAUAUAAGGAUAUAUCUUGUAGUAAUAUUAGUCAUAAUAUAUGUAGUAGUAUUAGUCAUAGCAUAUGUAGUAAUAUUAGUCAUAAUGUAUCUGGAGCAAGUAAUUGUAGUAAUAUUAGUCAUAGUAUAUGUAGUAAUACUAAGUUUACUAAUAAGUGUGUUGAAAAUGUGACUAAUAAUAACUUCCCUGUUAAUAAUGUGACUAAUAAUAAGUGUGUUGAAAAUGUGACUAAUAAUAAGUGUGUUAGUAAGUAUACUAAUACCUUCACUACUCAUGAUCACAGUAAUAGUUGCACUGCUAGUCAUAAUAAUUUCACUAAAAAUAUCACCACCAGAGACCCCCUUACUAAUAACCUUGAAUUAUAUAUAUCUAUUAUUAAAGAUAUAUCUAAUAUUAUAGAAGAAAAGUAUCCAUUUGUCUCUUAUGAAAAAAUAAAAAAAUAUUGCAUGGAUAGAAUAGUAGACUAA